GUCGGCGAAUGAACUGCGGAGAGAAAUAAAACUUGGAAUCCAUUCGCUCGCAGCCACUGCUAGCUUCCUCCUAUCCCCUCCCCACAGCGCGCCAAUCCAAAUCCAAGACCGUGCUGCUCCGGCGAGGUGCCCGUCCCAAUCUUCCUGCCGGCCGACCCCGGCCGUUAUAUUGCUGCGCUUCGUCUAGGUCUUAUGUUUAAGAACGGAGGAAAUAGUUUGAAAGCCUUGGGAUGAAAGAAGUGAAUCUCGUGUUUCCGUCGACAUCAACUUUUUGAUGUGGCGCAUCGGCGCAAGUCGACCGAGCGCGCGUCGACGUUGAUGGGUGAACCGACGGUCCCUACGAGCGUGCGCCACCAAGGGGGAAGCCAGCCAAAAUAUGUCAUCACAUGCGGUGAUUCAUGAAAAUCUGUCACGGACAAUAAGAUCAUCGAUGGGGAACAAAUGUCUCGUGAUGGUGACCAGCAUCCUCGCUGUGUUGACGGUCGUCUUUGGAGUCAUCAGCGCGGUUCUCUUGGCGCUGAAACAUCAUCAACAUGACAAUGGAGAGUUCUAUACGUACCGGCGCUCGCCCGCGAUGCCAUGUGGCGUGGUGGCAGCCGUGUUGGCGUCGUUGACACAGAUUCUUGCCAGCGUGGCCAUCUGCUGCUGUGGGGCGUGGCGUGUAACUAAGGGUGGCAAGCGCAUCGCCGCGGUGGUCUUCUUCAUCACCUCAUGGGUCCUUGCGAUCAUAGCAGUGCUACUAUUUCUGGCAGGCGCCAUGUUAGGGUUUGAAGGCUCUGCAAAGAAAACUGUUGGGAAUGCUAGGAUCGUCGGAGGUGUUGCUCUUUUCGUUAUUGCGACAUUUUUGUUUCUUGUAGUUGCUGCCCUUGAUGUCACCUCAUACCGACUAGUUCGGAAGAAGGACCACUACCAAGCAUACGUUGGCAGUAAUCCUCCUAUGGUGCCAACAACAUAUAAAGACGGUCCCAACGCUUUUGCUCCUGCACCGCACAAUCAAAAUCAAGUAUAAGGUUAGCUCUAUCACCAUGGAAUGGUUGUCUUUGCCUUCCAAAGGAGGAGUGCGCUGUAUGGACCCUUCUAGGUCGAAGGCGUAGGCUUCGACCUAUGCUACCAUCUUGUGUGUUUGUUACGGCUUCGCUCAAAUUAUGAGAAGGAAAUCAAAGGUGUUUUUGUAUUGCUUGAAA